AUGAGUUUCAAGCUCUCUACAACUACAUCAGAGCACUUCCUUAAGAACGACACCAAGAUCAACGCUCGCUCCUACAAAAAGGCUCGCACCACCCAGGCUGUCAUCACCACCAGAAACCAACCUUCCGACGCCGCCACGAAGGCUCACAACAAGGACAACAAGUCGCUCGCUGGCCUCGAGGCCAACACGGCCGCCGGCGACUCCAAGAAUGCGCAAGACGGUGACAGGGAUAGACUCUGGUAA